AUGUCUUCCACUUCAUCGCCGGUAAAGCGCUUUAAGAUGGCUUUCGAUGUGACGGGCAGUGACUGUCACCCGAAGCCCACGAAGUUCUUCGCCAUUGAGUCCAAAGACAGUGACAUCAAAGGCCUGAAGACUCGCAUCCAAAACAAGUUGGCCAUCGAUUACGACUGGGAUCUGAUGAUCGAUGACAUUGUGGUCGACGACUACCUUCCCGUCGGUAUCAUUGGAAGAGAUGAGGUGACAGUCAUUCGUCGCAAACCAAUCACUGGUCACUCAAAUAAAGCCAUCAAUGACAUUGAAUCUAAGGGGCCGUCGAAGUGGAAAGAAGUGUCGGAAGAGGACUACAAGAAGAUGAUGGCUGAGAGGGAACGGGUGCUGAAGGAGGCCGAGGAGGCAGAGGAGAAACAGUUUCGAUGGCAACCAUUUGAAGGACAAAUAGCCACAACUGAUCCAGGACACAAAAUCUAAAAUAUGCUUAAUUACUAAUAUAUUUUGACUCCAACUGCCCCACAAUAAUCAUACCAUAAGUGUCGACCCC